UAACAUUUCAAGAUUGUCUUUGGAACAUGAUAUUUGGAGAAAACAUCCCCGUUGCACUGUGAAAGAACCUGAAUAAUAUAGUAUACAUCUAAUUACAUUGGUAACAGAUGUCAUAACACACUGCAGUACAUGUCGUGUUACACUGAAGCAAGAUGAACGCUGUGUUGUGUCUGGUCAUUGUCUUCAUCCCAGUCGCGUAUGCAGGAAACGGCGAUUUCAGGCAUCGUUUUGAGAGACAAAUAACACUGGAAGGUUUACAGGCACGGGAACAUCCCUCCAGCAUACAGACAUCCCUUGAUGAAAGGACCUGUGCUGGUCUCUGUGCCCAGGACGGACUCUGUGCUGCUGUCACCUACCUUGGUGGAAACUGCAACAUGUACAGAUCUACUCUCACGUCAUCUGCGAAAUCAUUCCCUAGAGCCAAGCAAUUCAUCAAGGCAGGAGCGCUUCCUGAUCCAGACCCAUGUCAUGUAUCCAGGGGCUACACGUCCGUGUUGUCUCCCCGGAUGUGUUACAAGUUGAUAUCAAUCUCCAACAACUGGACUUCUCAAAAUGAUCUGUGCCAUUCUGAAGGUGGUCGCCUUGUCGUCCUCAACAGUCAGGAGAAACAGGAGUUCAUGACCUCAUUCCAGAGUCAGGCGGAUGUGUCAGACUCUCUCUGGGUUGGAAUGCAGCAAGUCAACAAUGUCUUUACCUGGAAGGACGGUUCAACUUAUGUCUGGAAGUGGGCACCUGGCGAACCUGACAACGUAAGCUUUCAGAACUGUGUACGUUUGACCAAUGUUGGAAUGUCCGACAGAACAUGCAGUGAGAAUCGCGCAGCUGUCUGUGAGAUACCUCUAUAAAAUCAGAGAUAGCAAUGAGAGCAGUGAGAAAUCAUAUUGAACCAUAUAUGAGACUGGAAAAUACCAACCUGAUGCUGAGAGAUGCAGUAAUGUCGUCGGUUUUCGUAGAGUAUUGCCGGAUUAUUUAGUUUUAUUCACAAAUUGUUGGUGUGGGAAGUUCUGGAAAGAGAGUUUUUUAUGACCACUGGAGUGAAGAUUCAGUUUAUGUGAUGAUGUCCAUUACAAAAUUUAAAAAGUAUGUACAUACAUGGCUGUAAAUAUGUAUGCAACAACAUCAUUACAUAAACUAAAAUCAGCAUUUUUCCAAUCAAGAACGUGUGUCAUAUACAUUACUUAUGUUAUCGUGUUUUACACCAAAGCCUCACUACAGGAACAGUAUGGAAACCCGUUCGACUAAAAGUGAGGAAUAGAGUGAAUGAUGUUCUACGCCACAUUUUAUGGAACAAUGCUGUUUUAUCUGAUUGGACUGUAAAUAAUCGAGUUUGGGCAGUACAUGAGUGAAUGAGACACAAUCCACUCAAGAUUUCAAACAACUAUCACAGUGACAUAUACAAAUGACAUUUCCCCAAUAAAUGUAUUGUGUACUUUCUCAAAACAAUCGGAUAUUCUUAAACGGAGCUCUGAACUAUUUGUUGCAACUAGUAAUGCCGUCUGUGCUUUAAAUGAAAUGAAACUUGACAUAAUGGCUAUCGGGAAAUCUGCAAAGUGUAUCAAAAACCUCCAAUUACGCAUUGUUUGGAUAAUUUAAAAUAAAAUAUGUAUAUACACCGGCAUCAGUAAAUCCAUAUAUUGUUUACUUUGAAUAGCGUCAUCAUGUCGACAUGAUGCCAAAAGAAAUAUUGCCUUAUACUGACUUCAAUCAAGGUUGACUCGUUAGUUUCAAAGGUC